AUGGACAGACUUCACUCCGACCCUUGGUUUUUGGCAUGCCCAGACUUCAUGAUUGACUGGUAUCAAAUCAGCUGCACUAGUAUGGUCACUGCCAAUGUCACAGAGGCUCAAGCAGCUAAAACACUGUGUAAUAUCUGGGUCGUGACUAAUGAGGCUCUCUGCCUGCAAUGGCAAGAGCAAGUAGUAGAAGAUGAUCAUUUGAGGGCAGAGACACAAUGUCUUGCCAAUGAGGAACAGGAGCAUCAACAGAUCACUCUUUGGGUAGAAGAUGCUGCCACAAAGGCAGAUGAGCAGAAGAAGAAUCAUUUCAAACACUUAGCAAUUCCCAUGCACCCAUGUCCCCUUGCCAAUGAGGAAGAUGUGUUAGUAUCUGAUUUUGCCCUUCACAAAUUGGACAAAGGCCAAUAUGUUGAGCUGUACUACUGGACUAACCUUGGUCUUCAUGAUGCAUUGACUAAUUACAGUGGCUCAAAAAACUGUCCACAUAUUUUUGCAUUUUUUACUAUUUACAAUAUUAUGUGA